UUUCUCCAGCGCACUGGCAUUUAAAUCUGCUGCAGUGGGAAGCCUGUGAACGCCUGUCAUCGUGAGUGAAUCUGCUCUACUGGAGGAUUUCGUUUUCUUUUCUCUUUUCUUUCAUAAUAGAAAUUGUAUCUCUUGCAUUUGCUCAGUAGUACAUUGUAGCUUCUAGCGGCGCGCGCUUUUAUUCCAACAAAGUCUGAAUGAAAGGCAGCAUGUUUGGCCAUGUUUUCGACCGUAACAUAUAAGCAGAAUAUUAUAUAAUGCAUCAUAUUUUGUAAUUAUGGUCUAGUCAUUUGUGCGUUUUGUGUCGUGAGUGGCCUAGAGACAAGGGAACAGUUUCAAUGGACUCUUAAAAUACAUCGACGUCAGUACAAAUCCAUUCAUUUGAAUAGGUCUUCGGCUCGUUUGCGCAUAUUGUGAAAUAAUUAUACAAGAAAAAAAACAGAUAUAUCGUCUACGGUUGCCUAUACUCGAGUUGCAUCAUGUUCAGCUGGUUGGGUACCGAUGACAGGAGGAAGAAAGAUCCAGAGGUCUUCCAGACUGUCAGUGAAGGACUCAAGAAGCUUUACAAAACCAAACUGCUUCCACUGGAGGAGCACUACAAAUUCCACGAGUUUCACUCGCCCGCUUUGGAGGAUGCAGAUUUUGACAAUAAGCCAAUGGUUCUCCUGGUGGGACAGUAUUCCACUGGCAAAACGAGCUUCAUAAGAUAUCUUCUGGAGCAGGACUUCCCUGGUAUGCGGAUUGGUCCAGAACCCACAACUGACUCCUUCAUAGCAGUGAUGCACGGCACCAUGGAGGGACUAAUACCAGGAAACGCUCUGGUAGUGGAUCCCAAAAAACCCUUUCGGAAACUCAACGCCUUUGGCAAUGCCUUCCUUAACAGGUGGGAAUAAAACACUGAUAAAACA